AUGUCACAAUCGUACCAUCUUUCGCAGAUGGCGCCUUUGCCACUGAUCAAACGUGUAACUCUGGGGAAGACAAUAGGACAUGGGGGAUUUGCAAUGGUGAAAUGUGCAGAAACGCAACGAGGGAGUCCAAAAUACGUUGCGAUCAAGCUAGUGUAUCUACCGUUAGCAGCCGAAAAAGGGGUGUCACCAGAGGAUAUUGCCCGAGAAGCAUACAUACAGAAACACGUUCCUCACCAAAACAUCAUCACGAUGUUCGACUUCGGAUACAACAAGGAUUGGGCGUGGAUUGCUCUUGAGCUAGCCGAGAACGGUGAGUUGUUUGACAAGAUUGAACCUGAUUUGGGCGUUGACCAGGAUGUAGCUCAUUUCUACUUCACACAGUUGAUUAACGCUGUUGGCUUCAUGCAUUCACAAGGGGUGGCGCAUCGAGAUAUCAAGCCGGAAAACUUGGUUCUUGAUUCAGCAGGAAACUUGAAACUAACGGAUUUUGGUUUAGCCUGUGUUUUCAAGAAGAAGACAGGACCCAAGAAGAAGUGCACGAAAUCCUGUGGAUCACCACCAUAUGCUGCACCUGAGAUAGUUUCAGAGAGUUACGACCCCUCCAUCUGUGAUAUUUGGUCGGCUGGAGUUGUUUUGUUUGUCCUCUUGACUGGCAAAAUUGCAUGGGAAAUGCCCGUGAUGGAAGAUAAAGACUUCGCAUAUUAUAUCAGGAACAAGGGAGAAGUUUUGAUUAGCCCAUGGAACAAGAUCGACUUGGGGGCAUUGAGUUUAUUGAGAAAGAUUUUGGUUGUUGAUGUGGAUGAAAGAAUUACCAUUGAAAAAAUCCAGCAGCAUCAGUGGAUGACUCGAGAACGUGGACUGUUAACUGAAAGAGGGAUGUGUAAAGACCCAUACAAGCUGAGUGCUCGGUUACUCGUUAACUUGUACAUCAACAUGAGCGACGGCGAAUUCCAAAAGCCAACAGACAAGCACAUUGUCGACGACUUGGACACUAAUGACAACAACUUGUACUCGGACGUUUAUUCAGUUUCACAGCAGCCGUACACAGAAAGGACUAAGAGAUUAAAGAUACGAAGCAGCAGGGAUUUUAAACACCAAAGAGAACUAGAGCUGAUUUCGAUGGAUCCUGCAUCUUUACAAUUCUACAGAACAGAGGAUGGAAUCAACGUCGAGACUAGAAAAAAAUUGAUUGAUCAAGAAAUUACAAGAAGGACGGAGCAGAUCAGAAAGCACCCGGAGUUGUAUGCAGACAGCUUUACGAGGUUCUUUUCUUUUGCAUCAUUGGACUCUAUUGUUUCUCUCCUGACGGAAGCACUAAUUCAGUUGAACAUCCUCGAAUCAGACAACGACAUCGAAUGUCAACAGAUCACACAGCAAUUAAAGGAAAACAGUGUAUACCGUGGAGUCAUCAGGUUUAGAAUUGACUUUAUCGAUGACUACAAUGGGCGAUUGUCUGGAGAGAUCGUCCUCAGCAAGGUUGCGGAUAACCUCGAAGCCCGUAAAAUCGACUUCAUAAGAAAGGCUGGUGAUCCGCUCGAAUGGAGACGAUUGUUCAAAAGGGUGACCAUUCUCUGUAGAGAUGUGGUGUACUACCCAGAAAACUAAUUUUAUGGUGUUCAAAACCCUGUACUCGUAAAUAGUAGUAAGCCUCUGUGGUAACGGAUGCUAUUGCGUACAAAAUCAUAUAUAGUUUGUACCAUGAAUCUCGAACGCGUGU